UUUCCAAGAGCUUCGACAAAGUGAGAAAAAGUCUAUGUUACACAGCUGAAAACAUUCACAAGCUAUCCUAACUUCGUAGAGGAUGGGCGUCCAGUUUUCGUUCUCCGUCGCGUAACUAAAACAAAAAAUCAUAUUUUUUACAAAAUAUUAAUAAAAAAAAACACAAAAUUCUAAACUCUGUAUACAUUUUUUUUGUUGUAAAAUACAAAAAAUCUAUUCAUUCUGAAAUUAAAAAAAAAAUAACAACAACCGUUGCUAGUGUUUAAAUAUUUGAUUAAAAAAAAACACGCGUUUUUUGAAAAUAACUUAAAACAAAAUCGAAAAAGUGAAAUGUAUUAAUUAUUUAAAACAAAACUUUAAAACACCUCACACAAAACAAACAAAUAACGAGAGUACCUUUUCGUAAAUCAUCAACCACAACUUCAACUUCAACAACUUUAGUACAAAUCUACAGCAUCCUGUUAUACUCCUAGCGUCGACUUAUCCUUGACCUUCAAAAGUAACACAGAAAUUCUAUAUUAAAAUUUAAAAAAACAAAUACAGAACAAAAGAAAAAUGGCUUUACGUUGUGCUGGUCUUUUCUUGGGCAAAGAGCUUGCCUCUGCCUCCAAACAAUUGCGCUCCUUUAGCACCACCCCGGCUGUUAUGGGCACUUUCCUGAAAAACUCCCCCAAUACUUCAUUGGACAAAUCCAUUUUGGAGCGUUAUCGCAAUUUGGAGACACCCAGCGAUCGUGUCCAGGCCACUUACUUGUGGAUCGAUGGUACCGGUGAAAAUAUCCGUUUGAAGGAUCGUGUUUUGGACAAAAUUCCCACUGGCGUAGAAGAUUUGCCCAAUUGGCAAUACGAUGGCUCCUCCACCUACCAGGCUGUGGGUGAGAAUUCCGAUACCACUUUGGUGCCCCGUGCCAUUUACAAGGAUCCCUUCAAGCCCGGCAAAAACGAUAUUAUUGUCAUGUGCGACACUUAUUUGGCCGAUGGCAGUGCCACCACCUCCAACAAACGUGCUGCCUUGCAGGCAGCCAUCGAAAAGGUAACCGAUCAUGAACCCUGGUUCGGCAUUGAACAGGAAUACACUUUAUUGGAUGUUGAUGGCCGUCCCUUCGGCUGGCCCGCCAAUGGUUUCCCUGCUCCUCAAGGUCCCUACUACUGUGCUGUGGGUGCUGACCGUGUGUAUGCCCGCGAUUUGGUAGAGGCCCACACCAUUGCCUGUCUGUAUGCUGGCAUCGAUUUCGCUGGCACCAAUGCCGAAGUUAUGCCCGCCCAAUGGGAAUACCAGGUGGGUCCCAGUCUAGGCCUUAAGGCCAGUGAUGAUUUGUGGGUGUCUCGUUAUAUUUUGCAUCGCAUUGCCGAAGAAUUCGGCGUGGUGGUGACCUUCGAUCCCAAACCCAUGGAAGGACAUUGGAACGGCGCUGGCGCCCACACCAAUUUCUCCACCAAGGCCAUGCGUGCCGAUGGCGGCAUGAAGGCCAUCGAAGAGGCCAUCAACAAAUUGAGCAAACAACACCAACGUCACAUCAAGGCCUACGAUCCCAAAGAGGGCAAGGACAACGAACGCCGUUUGGUGGGUCGCCUGGAAACCUCCAGCAUUGACAAAUUCUCCUGGGGUGUGGCUAAUCGUGCCGUCAGUGUACGUGUUCCUCGUGGUGUAGCCACUGCCGGCAAGGGCUACUUUGAAGAUCGUCGUCCCAGCUCCAAUUGUGAUCCUUAUGCUGUAUGCGAUGCUCUCAUUAGAACCUGUUUGUUGAAUGAAUAAGUUAUCAGAGUUCAGAGCUUAUCACCAACUAUCACAUUCAAAUCAUGAACUAAAUGUGACCCUCUCUCCCUCUUCAUCCAAGAGCAGAGGGCUGAGAGAACUUUUUAACACAACAAUACAUUAUCAACAACAUUAACUAUUAUUAUUAUUAAUAUUAGUACUCAUUUUUAGAAAGACAUCCAAGCAUAAGUUCCGUUAAUUAAUAUUUUGAUUAAAAAAUGAGUUUAUUCCAUUAUUACCCCCUACCCCCCACAAAAAACCUAUAAAACAUUUUCUAUUAUAAUAAAAAAUGAUGAUUAUAUACCAAGAUUAAGAAGGGACAACAACUAAACUAUUUUAUAUUUUAUAUUCAUUUGUAUAUAUUAAAAAACAAAUCCAACCACAAACAUAGUUUUACUAAAACAAAAAAGAAAUUCCUUUAACUAAAUGUUUGCUAGAAAGAAAAAAAACAUCCUUUUUUUAUACACCUAAUAUAUAUUAAAUUAAAAAUUGUUACUAAUUUUUUUUAUUUAAUCUAAUUUUUUAUCUUUUUUGUUUUUUUUUUUUUGAGUAAAUUAUGUAAUUUUUUUAUUAUUUUUUAUAGCAUUUAAGUUAAAUCUGCCAUAAAUUUUAUUAUAAUUAAUUAAACUAAAAAAAACCAUGUAUUUUUAUUAUAAAAAAUAUAAGCUAUAAACAAAAACAUAUUGAAAAAAAAAACCAAAA